CCCAGGCAGCCCACCAUGUUCCAGAGCCAAGGGGUGACAGGGCAGGUUCGAGUCGACCGUUGUCACAAGCAGAACAUGCAAACCAUGAAAGCAAGCCAAGUCAUCUCAACUUUUAAAUCUUAUUUUUUUUUCGGACGAAACCUAGAAUAUAGACGGGUUCCCUUUCUCUCGUUACGAUAAUACAUCUUCGUCGUUGAUACCAUCUAAUACCUGGGCAAUCUGGGCAAUCUGCUCCAUGUCAGACUACGCUUGAGCUUUUCUAUAUACUUCUAGGAAAGCUAUGGCGCCGUUCGGACGUUUGUCCCUAUUGGCUGCUGUUGCUGGCGGCGUGCUUGGACAAACUACCCUCAGCAAUGACGGAACUACAGCAACAGGCUCGACAGCUACAGCUACCACUCCAACCGGUACCUAUGAGUCGUUUUCCACUCAGAUUACGUUAGGCACGGACUUAGGAACGACCGGAAGUGUAGCGACUUCCAUGGGAACCGACAACGUAACCCGGUCUACGAUUAGCUCUUCGUCAUCCGAUACGGUGACGUUUUUGACCGGCUCCGCCGCGACGACGACAACAUUAGCCGGCAACUUUUCCUCCUCAACUACGUCAGCUAUCCCAACGGUGACCAACACACAACCGUGCAACAAUUAUGCGGAAUUCUGCACCAGGAAAUAUAGCAACAUUACCAACGUCGCUUGCCAUAACUCCCCUUUUACAACAUCCAACAACUUAGCAGCGAACCAACAAUACGACGUCACAGCACAGCUGAAUGAUGGCGUACGGUUUCUUCAAGCACAAAUACAGUGGCCUACUGGUGGGAGCGAGCCGCAUUUUUGUCAUACGAGCUGUGAUAUUCUUGAUGCUGGUCCCAUCACCGACUGGCUUGGCAAGGUUAAGACAUGGGUUGCAGCUCAUCCGUACGAUGUUAUUACUAUCCUCCUAGGCAAUGGAAACUACUCUGUUCCUAGCUUAUAUGUACCAUAUAUCGAACAGACCGGUAUAUUGCGCUACAUUUACACACCGUCGGUAGCUCCCAUGACUUUAGAUGACUGGCCAACAUUAAGCGAGAUGGUUUUGAGAGGCCAGAGAGUGGUUAUGUUUAUGGACUACAUGGCUAACCAGACGGCAUAUCCUUGGCUCCUUGAUGAAUUCUCUCAGCUAUGGGAAACACCAUUUGACCCCACUGACCAAAAGUUCCCCUGUACUGUUCAGCGACCACCCAAUCUAGCAGAGAAGGAUGCUAAGGACCGACUGUACAUGAUUAACCAUAACCUUAAUGUUGAACUGUCGAUCCUCGGAACCAAUAUGCUCGUACCCGCGCGGACGGAGCUGAAUGUGACGAAUAACGUCACGGGAACCGGUAGCCUUGGCCUUUCAGCCAAUAACUGCCGCAGCGAUUGGGGACGUCCCCCUAACUUCUUGAACGUGGACUACUACAACACUGGAGGAUUCCCGGGGUCCGUCUUCGAAGUCGCAGCGCAGAUGAACAACGUCACGUACAACCGCCAAUGCUGCGGUCAGGCCACAAACGGGGCAGAACGCCUGCUGAGCAACGGAUUUAUAUACUCAUUGGCCAUGAUGGCACUGUUUUGGGCGUUCCUAUAAUUAUAGCCUAGCACCUAAAAUAAUGUUUGCGGCAUUUGAUGGGUGGGACAUUGCGUUGAUGGCGUUUUCUAGAUGGAGCGAAUACUGAACAUUGAAGUCUUACGAGUCUAAUGUUGGAAAUUGGUACAUGCUAUUGUUAGCAUGUGGAUUAAACAUAUUUAAUACUAGGUAUUCAAAAUUUCCCGAUUUGCUAGAGAAGUUGAUUUAAUCCAAAGAUCAAUUUACAGCAAGAGGAGAAGCUCUUAACAAUCUUUGAUUAUAUUGAAAGAUGUGCAUACCUCACACCUGGAGUAGGUAGUUCAGAUACUUGUUUGCUAUAUGCAUGACCAGCCAAAUAUAGUCCUGAUAUUCCACAUUCCUGCAUCCCGUAC